CCCUCCCGCACCACCCACACCGGCUCUUGGAGCUUGCUCGAUCAUGACCGACAGCGACGGCCAGCAAUCGCCCCGUAUCCAAGACGCCGGCCAUGACGACGCCUACUACGACCUCGGCCACCUUCACCGACCGGUGACCACCGCCUAUCCCGCCGCCCAGACCUGGUUCGACCGAGGCCUCGUCUGGUGCUAUGGCUUCAACCAUGAGGAGGCGGCCAAGUGCUUCGAGCGCGUCAUCGCCACCGACCGGGCGUGCGCCAUCGGCCACUGGGGCUUGGCCUACGCGCUUGGCCCCAACUACAACAAGCCCUGGGAGCUGUUUGGUCGUCGCGAGCGCCAGACGACCGCCGAGAGGACGAACCACGCUGUCGAGCAGGCCCUCGCCCUCGCCCUCGCCGGCGAUGCUUCCCCGGUCGAGGGCGCCCUCAUAGACGCCCUACGACACCGAUACCCCACGGACCAGGCCCCGGGGAAGCCUGAGGCCUGCAUAUGGAACGCCGCGUACGCCGACGCCAUGAGCGCCGUCGCCGCCCGCUUCCCCGACGACCUCGACGUCGCCGCCCUGUACGCCGACGCGCUGAUGAACCUCACGCCCUGGAACCUAUGGGACAUACGGACUGGUGUGCCGGCACGCGGUGCGCGGACCCUCGAGGCCAAGCGCGUGCUGGACCGCGCGCUGGCGCAGGACGGCGGCGACCGGCACCCCGGCGUGCUUCACAUGUACAUUCAUCUCAUGGAGAUGUCACAGACGCCCGAGGCCGCCAUGCCGGCCGCCGACAAGCUGCGGGGGCUGGUGCCGGACGCGGGCCACCUCAACCACAUGCCGAGCCACCUCGACAUCCUCGUCGGCGACUACGCGCGCGCCGUCGACGCCAACUCGGACGCGGUGCGCGCCGACAUCAAGUUCCUCGAGCGCGAGGGGCCGCUCAACUUUUAUACGCUGUACCGCAGCCACGACUACCACUUCCGCCUCUACGCCGCCCUCUUCUCUGGCCAGUCGCGCAUCGCGCUCGAGACGGUCGACAUGCUCGAGGCGAGCAUCUCGGAAGAGCUGCUGCGCGUCGAGUCACCCCCCAUGGCCGACUGGCUCGAGGCCUUCCUCGCCAUGCGCGUGCACGCCCUUGUCCGCUUCGGCCGCUGGCGGGACGUGCUGGCCAUCCGCCUGCCCGAGGACCGCGACCUCUACUGCGUGACCACGGCGCUCGUCUACUACGCACGGGGCAUGGCCCUCGCCGCCAUGGGCCGCGUCGACGAGGCCGUCGCCCAGCGCCAGCUGUUCCGCGGGGCCGUUCCGCGGGUCAAGCCAUCUCGGACCCUCUUCAACAACAAGUGCGUCGACAUAUUAUGCGUGGCCGAGGCGAUGCUCGACGGCGAGGUCGAGUACCGGCGGUGCAACUUUGACGCCGCGUUUCAUCACCUCCGCGAGUCGAUUCGCCGCUACGACAAGCUGCCCUUUGACGAGCCCUGGGGGUGGAUGCAGCCGGCGCGCCACGCUUACGGGGCGCUUCUUCUCGAGCAGGGCCACGUGAAGGAGGCUCUGGGCGUCUACAGAGCCGAUCUCGGGCUGGACGAGUCGCUGCCCCGGGUGCACCGGCACCCCAACAACGUGUGGGCGCUGCACGGCUAUCACGAGUGCCUACUGCGGCUGGGCGAGACGGAGGAAGCGAAGAGGGUGCACCCGCAGCUGCAGGCCGCGCUGGCACGAGCAGACGUGCCCAUCAGCUCUUCGUGUUACUGCAGGACGGUGCUGCCCAAGAUGUAGAGAAGGCGCAGCUGCCGCCGGCAACAAGGCAUCCGAGGGCCAUCGGUGAGAGCAAAAGAAAAACGAGAAGAACAAAAAAAGAAUAAACACAUCCAGGGCAUCGUUUGCCUCCCCAUACUGCGUUGCCUCUCGCUGCUGCUGCCGUGGCGGGCGUGACUCCCCAGUAAGAAUGAGAAAUGCAAUCACGCCGCGCACGCGCGCUACCGGACGGCAUGAGGCUUCCCCGACUUCAUGUUGACACCGGGCGCCUCAUCAUCGCUGCUAGUGCCGGCCAGACGCUUUUGUUCCUGGGCCAGAAAGUCGGCCUGCUCUUUGGCGCUCUUAUCCAGGUCGACAAAGAGCCAGAUGGCGACGGCGCUGACCAGGCUGAGCGCGAAGAGAAAAUAAAACGGCGCGCUGUUGUUCUUGCCGCCAGGUGAGGCAUCGAUGAUGGCGCUGCUGAUGAGGGGGCCGAUGAAGCUCGAGGCCUUGCCGAUGACGUUGAAGACGGAGAAGAAGAGGAACUCGUGGCCCGGGGGCGUGACGGAGCUAAUCAUGAUCUGCGAGUAGCUGUACCAAGGGCAGACGAAGAGGCCGUAAAAGGCCUGGUACGCCCAGACCUCCCAGGGGUUGCGGAAGCCGAAGCGGUCGGUCCAGUUGCCGACCAUGCCCCAGCCGUCGAGCAGGACGAUGCCGACCAUGACGGCGCAGAACAUGGCCUUGGGGCCGAGGCGCAGGCGGCGCUGGACGAGCCAGAAGGCGCCGAUGCCCGCGGCCUGGGCGGCGAUGCCGACGAUGAGCAGGUAGGUGAGGGUGAGGGUGCUGUAGCUCACGAUCUGGUUCUGCAGCGUGGCGAUGACGGUGACGGUGGUGUUGAGGCUGUCGCCGAGCAGGAAGUAGCCGGCGAGGAAGAUGAGGCUCUGGCGCAGCCGCCAUAUCAGCACGGCCGCCUCGCGGAGCUGCCACAGCCCGACGGUCAGGGGCCCGCGGCCGGCGGGGAUGGGGCGCCCGGGCCGGCGCUUCUCGAGCAGGAACCAGCCGGCGGAGAGGACGAGCCAGCAGCCGGCGGUGAAGGCGAUGACGAUGCUCAGCCCGCGGCUGUUGGCGGCGGGGUCCACGUCGGCGGCGUUGGAGUAGCCCAGCCCGAAGAGGAUGCCGACGAUGACGGCGAGGAUGGCCAGCUCGCCGACCGACUGGGCCCAAAAGGCGACGUUGCUGAGGCGGCUGCGCUCGAGCUCGUCGCGACGCAGCAAGCCUUCGGUCAGCCCCGUACGCGCCGCCUCGCGCCUGGCCUCGCGCAUGCCGGGCGCGUUGCGGGCGAGCUCGGGGAACGCGGCCGUCCAGUACGUGAGGGUGAGCUGGUAGGCGAUGAGGCCGACGACGUAGAGCCCCGUGGCGGCGCGCCACUGGCUCGGGUGGCGGACGGCGAGCCACGCGAAGCCCACGGCCCAGCCGACGAGCGACCAGGCGAGCAGGAUGGCGCGGCGGACGGGCGACGGGCCAAAGUCGGCGUAGGCGCCGAUGAGCAGGAAGAGGACGGCCUGCGCGGCGAAGGAGACGCCGUUGGCGAUGAGCAGGAUGGAGUUGACGUCGCGGUCGCGCCCGGCAAAGGGGAGGAGGCCCGCCGCGGACGAUGCGUUGGUGUCGGCGUCGUCGGCGGCCUGCUGGAGGAGGCUCUGGAAGGCCGUCGGGCCGUAGUUGAAGAGCGCGAGGCCGUUGGCCCCGACGUAGUAGGCGUACCAGGCCCAGACCUCGCGGCGCGUCGUCUCGGGCACGGAUGAGGAGGCAUCGUCGUCUUCGGUCUGGAGGAGCUCCUCGCCGACGAGGCCACGGACGGCAUCGACGCGGGGGG